UGGUACUAUAAAUACUCCAAUCUCCACGGUAUGGCGGUUAGGGCGUAAACGAAGAAACGAGCCGAAGAAGAGGGCUUUCCUUCGUGGAGCGUAAAAUUCUAUCCAUAUCCGAAGAAGAAGAAGAAGAAGAAGAAGAAGAAGAACAAAGAUGGAUCGGUACCAGAGAGUGGAGAAGCCAAAGGUGGAUACACCAAUUGACGAGAAUGAGAUUCGGAUUACGAGCCAGGGCAGGAUGCGAAGCUAUAUCACAUAUGCCAUGAGCCUGCUUCAGGAAAAAGGUUCAAAUGAAAUUGUUUUCAAGGCAAUGGGUAGAGCUAUCAACAAAACUGUGACAAUUGUGGAGUUAAUCAAGAGGAGGAUUGUUGGUCUUCAUCAAAUUACAUCAAUUGGAUCAACUGAUAUAACUGAUACAUGGGAGCCCCUGGAAGAAGGCCUCCUUCCAUUAGAAACCACAAGACAUGUCUCAAUGAUUACGAUAACUCUAUCAAAAGAGGAGCUGAAUAGAUCCUCUGUGGGGUACCAGCCUCCACUACCAGCUGACCAGGUCAAGGCAUGGAACGACUUUGACUAUGAAGGAGAAGGAUCACCUACUGGUCGGGGAAGGGGCCGUGGUGGCAGGGGAAGGGGACGGUCAAGAGGUACAGGCGGGGGAUAUGGUAAUGGAUUUGCUACUGCUGAGUAUGACGAUGGAGGUUGGGAUGGUAAUCGUGGCUAUAUGAGGGGAAGAGGCCGAGGAAGAGGUCGUAACUCUCGUGGUCGUGGUGGAAGAGGGUAUAAUGGUCCUCGGUUUGACAUGCAGCAAGAUGUUGGAAAUUAUAACCAGGAAGGUCCUGCUCGUGGCCGUGGUCGUGGCCGUGGGAGGGGAUACCGUGGAAGGGGUCGUGGGUUUAGAUCUAAUGGACCAAUUAAUGCAGCUGCAUGAAGGGGUUAACCGGUCUCCAUUGGGCGUAAUGCAGGGUUUCUGCUGCUUUAUGUGUUUGGAUGCCUGCUCCGUAUCUAUAUUUGUUCUUCUUCUUGUCCUUACUGAUUUUAAGUGUAGGAAGUUAAUGUAGACUAAUUUAUGAGCUUCAAACUAGUGCCGUAGUUGGCAGAAUUUUCAUUUU